UACAACACUCCAACAUCUGCUAGGUGUUUUAACUUUGGAAGAACCGACUUUUUGCAUUCGCUAUUCUUUGUUUUUUUUUUCUAAAACUUCAGAUUUAUAUGGGAAUUAGGGUUUGAUUUUUGGUUUUUUUUUUAUCGCCAUAAAAAGAAAAAAAAUCAAUACCCAGCCAUGGAAGGUGAGCUAACGGAUUGGGAGGUGGUUCACAACUCGGACUCUGACUCAAAUUCUAUCAUGGUUAACUCGCCCGAGUUGAGGAAUCUUGAGGAGAUCGAAGGUGACGCGGAAGGGCUGAUAAGGCCUGAUUACUUUUCUCUUGAUAAUCAGAGUAUGUAUGCAAAGGAAGGCGGUGUGAGUGAAGAAGGUUCUGUCGAGUCUGAUAAUCCAAGUUGGAUUGAUCCCAAGCCGGAGACUCGGUAUGCGAGGAAUAAUUCGGGCGAUUUUUGGUCUGAUUCUGGUAGUGAUCGGUCAGAUGAUCGUAAGUUAAGUGAUUUCGAUGUGAAAAAGGAGUUGGGUUUUGCUGAGAAUGAGAAAGUCGCUGUUUGUUUUGAACGGAUUGGAGAAGUGGAAGCUAGGAGUGACAAAUCGGGUGCAUUGAAGCCCGAUGAUACCAAAUUUAGUGAUUUGGGUAUGAAAAAGGAAUUAGGUUUUGGAGGGUUUGGAGAAAUUCACCAUCAAGAUAAGGAUUUGGGCAAACUCUGGUCUGAUUCUAGUGGAGAUGGUUUGAUUUCAAUGAAGUUUGACGAUGUUGAGAAGGAGGGUGACAUUGGUUUUAGUGAUUGUGUGAAAAAGGGAGCUGAGUUGGAGAAUUCAGGUGAGUUUGAUGAUAGGAAUGUCUCCACCGUGGAGUUAAAAGGAGGAGAAGGUAAUCUAAUUGGGAAUGAAGGUUCUACCAUUGAUGAAAUGAAGCUACCUGUGAAAUCAGUUUGUGAGGGAGACAGGAAGAGGGUAGUAUGGUGGAAAGUUCCUUUUGAGCUCUUGAGAUACUGUGUUUUCAAGGUUAGCCCUCUUUGGUCCUUCUCUGUUGCGGCGGCUGUGAUGGGUUUUGUUAUAUUGGGGUACAAAUUGUAUAAGAUGAAGCGGAAGAGCCGGAGCUUGCAGCUGAAGGUUACCAUGGAUGAUAAGAAGGUGUCUCAGUUCAUGACUCGCGCUGCUCGUCUCAAUGAAGCAUUUUCAGUUGUAAGGCGCGUCCCCAUUAUACGGCCUUCACUACCGGCUACUGGGGCGAAUCCAUGGCCUGUAAUGAGUUUGAGAUAAAGGCGACGGCUACUGAUAAAACAUAGACCAAGAAAACCGGGUGUCGACAAGGUAAGCCAUAAUAUUAUGUUUGCUUUGCUCUGUUAUGCUCUGAUGAUUGUUUUCGGUUUACUCUUUUCUUUGGGUAUGGAUUCUGAAAUUGUUCAAUAUGUAAAUUUCAGACUGUAAAUUGUUUCAGCACCCUUUAUAUUAUAUAACCUUAAGCAACAAUUUUAUAUCCAAAAUCAUGCUAUUUGUAAUUCAUAAGUUACGUUUAGUUGGAUAGUCCGAUCCCGUCCCCUCUGCCCCUCUUCCUUCCUUACCCAUUUUGUUGUAUUUUCUCUUUUGCAUUUAUGACCACUCGCAUACGUGCCUUACGAGCAUGCAAUUGUCUGAAAUAAAGAGAGAAAAAACGUAGAUACGAGUAGUAAAGUCCGUGUUUUUGACUU